CAGUAAGUGCCGUCACUAGUGUUGUAGACGAGUGUGGAAGAAGGCUGUUGUGGUUAGGUUGUGCGCUACAGUCACUCGACCACCCCCACCUUCCUCGCUGCUGUCGGCUCACGAACAUGAAGACCCCUUGGGUAUAUAUAGGCGUGUCCUUGACCCUACUGGUGACGGAGGCGUUAGCGGGGCCGGAUUCUCUUUCUGGAUCUCCAUGUUUUCAUACUCACCAUCACCAUCAACAAGAACGUCACCAUCACCAUCAAGACUCAGAAGAUGGGUCACUAUACACGCCUCCUGACCCUCACUCUCACCCAUCAAGAGGGCGUGACCUGUUCCCUCAUGGAGAGUCCUCUGAGGAGGUGUCGGGAUACACUUACCCUGUUCCUCAAGUAGCCUUUGAUAUCCUAGGCAGCACUGACCACACGUCAACGAGGCUCUUCAAGGACUCGUCUGAAGAGUUGUCUGGUUAUGCUUACCCAGCCCCUGAACACUCCUUUGAUCCUUCAGGAGGGAGUGACAUGACGCCUCCUGAUUCCCAUGAGUCGGCGGAGGAGCCAUCAGGUUACUCCUACCCAGUGCCUGAAAAAGCUUUUGAUAUCCUAGGGAGUGCUGACCUGACGCCACCAGGAUCUCUUGAGGAGUCCUCUGAGGAGACCUCGGUAAGUAGUGAGCGAAGACCCUUAGUGUUCCCCGAGGGGUCCUCUGAUGAGCUGUCUGGCUCCUUCCCGGCCACUCAACAUUCCUUUGACAGCUCAGAAGAGAGUGACGAGGGUUCCUCUGGGUCUUCUGAAGAGUCUGUUGAGGACCCCGCAGGACACUCCCACCAAGUAUUUGAUACCUCCUCUGACCCUUCAGGAGAAAAACAUCCGACACCAACAGAAUCCUUAGAACAGUCCGAAGAAAUUUCAGGAUACUCCUAUACGGUACCUGAAAAAUCCUUUGACAUCCUAGGAAGUGUUGAGAUGGCUGCACCAGGAUCUCGUCAAGAAUCCUCUGAGGAAACAUCGGGGUACGCUUAUCCUGUCCCUGAAAUAUCCUUCAACAUCUUGGGCAGUACAGACAUGACGCCCCCUGAGGCCCUGGAGGAAGAGUCUCAAGAGUCUUCUGAACAAGUCUUCCCAGUGUUGGAUCAUUCUGUUGAGUCAUCUGAGGGUGGUGAUGAGUCACUCCUUGAGUCACACGAAGAGUCAUCUGAGGGUGGUGAUGAGUCACACGAAGAGUCAUCUGAGAGUGGUGAUGAGUCACUCCUUGAGUCACACGAAGAGUCAUCUGAGAGUGGUGAUGAGUCACACGAAGAGUCAUCUGAGGGUGGUGAUGAGUCACACGAAGAGUCAUCUGAGAGUGGUGAUGAGUCACACGAAGAGUCAUCUGAGGGUGGUGAUGAGUCACACGAAGAGUCAUCUGAGGGUGGUGAUGAGUCACUCCUUGAGUCACACGAAGAGUCAUCUGAGGGUGGUGAUGAGUCACACGAAGAGUCAUCUGAGAGUGGUGAUGAGUCACUCCUUGAGUCACACGAAGAGUCAUCUGAGAGUGGUGAUGAGUCACACGAAGAGUCAUCUGAGGGUGGUGAUGAGUCACACGAAGAGUCAUCUGAGAGUGGUGAUGAGUCACACGAAGAGUCAUCUGAGGGUGGUGAUGAGUCACACGAAGAGUCAUCUGAGAGUGGUGAUGAGUCACUCCUUGAGUCACACGAAGAGCCAUCUGAGGGUGGUGAUGAGUCACACGAAGAGUCAUCUGAGGGUGGUGUUGAGUCACCUCUUGAGACGCAAGAAGAGUCGUCUGACGACUCAGUUGAAGAGUCCUCAGGGUACUCCUACCCGGUCCCAAAAGAAGCAUUUGACAUCCUAGGAAGCAGUAAUCUCACGCCCCCAGGAUCCUCCGAAAAAUCAUCAGAAGAGUUUUCAGGAUAUGCUUAUCCUGUUCCUCAACAAGCCUUUGAUAUACUAGGAAGCAGUGACCUGACGCCACCAGGAUCUCUUCAGGAGUCCUCUGAAGAGACCUCGGUAAUUAGUGAGCGAAGACCCUUAGUGUUCCCCGAGGUGUCCUCUGAGGAGCUGUCUGGCUCCUUCCCAGCCACUGCAAACUCCUCUGAUGAGAGUGACGACGGUCCUGAAGAAUCACUUGAAGAUCACUCAGGAUUGUCUCAUACAGUCUUCGAAAGCUCUUUAGAUCCUUCUGCAUCAACAUCCUUUAAAGAAUUCUCUGACGAGAUUUCAGGAUAUUCCUAUCCUGUUCCUGAACAAACCUUCGAUUUAUUAGGAAGAGACAGCCUGUCCCCGCCUCCUUCAAUAUCACUGACUCCUAGACCCACUUUAAUAUCUCGGAACUCACACUCAAGAGAAACAAGUUCAAUAUACUUCCCUCCUCACAUUUCAGAAGAACCACCAAGGGUGAGCCACUCUCCCCCACAAACACCAAGAAUAAGUUACUUCACCCCAGUUUCCAAAUUUUCAGCCCAAGUACCAUUAAUUUCAUCCUCCUCAGAGAGACAGUCACAGGAGGCCGCCGAGAGUGACGAGGCAGUUCCUGAGGCCCACAGCGAUGAAGAUGGAGACACAGCUCAAGGUUCUCCAGAAACAACUGACGACAACGAGAGCCAAGAACACGCCCCUGAACUCACACAUUCCAGGACCUAUAACCCGCCUCCGAGAUUCUACCUGUCACCUGUAAGACAAACCACCGAUAAGCCGCGAGAAUCGUCGACAUAUUUCCCCCCGAGUGUAUUUAUGGCCACCAGCGCAGAACCACAAGUCACCCACAGACCACCACCACCACCACGCCAUUUCACCAACCUCUAUCAGACACCACGAGUAACACCCGUAGCCCAAGAAACCCAUCACUCACGCCCUGAAGAAUCUGAGGAAUCAUCUACAGUAUUUGGUGAUAGUGAGGAAGAUGAUGAGGAGGAAGAAGAUCAUGAGGAAGAAGAGGAGGAGGAGGAGGAUGAAGAUGAGAGAACUUCCACGAAGGAGUCGGCCUUAUCUUCACAGGGGUCGAGACACACACACAGGUCUGGUGGUGAGGGCAGCAGCCACAGAACAUACCACACCUCAACACGGGUCUCGAGCGCAACAGCAGCAAGACGACUCUCACCAGGCUUCGAUCCUCUCUCUCACUUCAGGAUCAGAGACCACGACUUCAACGGACACUUCAACAGCGACGCUUACUUCACUAUCUUGGACGAACGGAAAGGAAGUACUAGCCGUGUGCCCGCCGCCUACAAGUCGCCUUCUCCUCAGCGGUUCUAUGCGGCCCCCGUGACAAGGAACCAAGGGACUGAGGAAUCCGAAGAGAACCAGGAAGUUACCCAGCGUCCUAACCGGUUCUAUGGAUUUCCUUCAACAAAGAAUGAGGAAGACAAGGAGGAGGAGGAUGAGGAGGAGGAGGAGGAGGAGGAGGAGGAGGAGGAGGAAGGUUCAUUAGAAUCAGAGAAAGAUACUGGUCGUUUUAAUCCGUUCUUUAGAGUUCCUACCACAGAAGACAAAGAAGGGGGUUCUGAGGAGGAGGAGGAGAAGGAAGAGGAGGAAGAGGAGGAGGAGGAGGAGGAAGAGGAGGAGGAGGAGGAGGAAGAGGAAACGUCUUCAUUCCAUCCUAGUCGGUUCAAUAACAUUCCGGUCACACAAAGACAGGAAAAAGCAGACAUAAGUGAAGAAGAAGAAGACAAAGAAAAGGAAGAGAGAAAAAUUUCCUCUUUUGCCAGUCGAUUCUAUCAAUUUCCCACAACGGAAGAAGAAAAAGAAGAAGAAGAGGAAGAAGAAGAAAGUUCCGAAGAAAAUAAAAGAGUUCCUGCAAGUACCAAUCUAUUCUACAGCGUCCCCACCAGGAGACUUCAGGAGGUAAAACUGCCGGACCACUCACGCGAUAACCUCAGGAGAGUCACUAACUUCUUCAAACUUCCUACUUACGAGGACCAGGAGGAGGACGAGAGGGGUAGUGGAGGGGAUGGUGAUGAUGAUGAUGAUGAUGAUGAUGAUGAUGAUGAGUUACCGUCGGCCGCGAGUAACAGGAAAGACUCUCACGACUCUGAAGAAAGCAGCCACUCCCACGCAUACACCCCCAGCAAGACUCGUCAACCCAGCAGCUCCGGAGGCUUCUAUCCGACUCUGCACAAAGUUAUCCGGAAGGAGGAAGACAAUGAGGACGAGGAGGAAGAUGGUUAUAAAUACACUACCAGCUUUACGGGUUCUGAUCACAGUGGGGAAGACUCUGGUGAGGAUGACAGACUGCUCUUCUUGCCUUACAUCACGGAGAAUGAAGAUGACGGUAGGGCUCUCGGCUACCUGCAGUUCCCGCCCUCAGACCUUCCUGCCUUAGGUCGCCUGAGUGAUCUCCGGCCCACACAGCUCACCCAUGACCUCUCGGGCUUUAUCACAAACCUCAACACUCACGGCAGUGCCCGAUUUUUGUCAUAUCUCACACAAGGUGUACCGGAGGAUGACGACGAUAAUAGCAGCAGUAGCGAAGAGAGCGAUGAAGAUGAUAAAAGUGAUGCAGAUGAUGACGACGAGAAAGACGAAGAUGAUGAGAAAGACGAAGAUGAAGAGGAUGAAGAUAAUGUGACGUCAAGGCCCCAGCCCUCCUAUAACCACCGUAGAGAACGACUGUUUACCCCCAGCAGGAGAUAUCAGUCAGAGAGAAGAGUAACAUCACCACCUGCUGUGAGACGUUCAGGAGGCUUUGGUGUGCACAAGGUCCCUAACAGACUGGCCGUGGUGGACAGUGACUACACCGUGACUGAGGGCGCCGGGUACCUACAGAUUGGUCAGCCAGUGUCCAUUAUUUAA